AAAGCAUGCUAUCGCCAACGUUUUGACCAAACCCUGUGCGAUUCCUUUUCUGUGCAACUUCCUUUCCUCACCUCUCCUCCUGUUUUGUUCCCUGUCUUUUUUCUGAAACUCAAAACAAAGAAGGCAAGUUGUUCCAAACUUUCUAUUCAAAAACAUCAACGGCUUGAUAUCUGGUGAUUUCUGUUUCUAUUCCACCGUUCAAAGUUUUAAUCUUCAAACCACCCAAAGAAACCCUGCCAGCAAUGGAUCAAUCUCCCAAAACUCAAAGCAAGGAAAGAAAAACAAUCUACCCUAAGGUGAAGGUGAGGGAACAGGAUCAAGAUGAUGGUGAAGAACUAUAUGAUCAGAAAAGACUAAGAGGGUACUUGAUGUCUUUGAAAGAUGUUCAGUAUCUGUCCUUGCAUGAUCCUGCAAAAGAAAAUCAUUUUGUGUCCCCAAGGCUGGUAGCAAGAAUUUCCAAGUCCUAUGUACCAGAUUUGGUGAGGGAUUCAGUUUCUGCAGCACAAGGAGUAGAAAACGAUAACAAAGGAGAUCAAGAGGAGAAUAGACCCAAUAUUAGAGUCAGUUCAAUCCCACGCCCGAGGGCUGUCUUGUCGAGUCCUGGUAACUCACUCCAUCUUUGCUUCACUACUAAAUGGAAGUUCUGUCUUUCUCUGUGUUUCUUCUCCUGAUCCUUUAUCAAGAUCAAGUAGCUAUUGUAGUUUGGCUAAAAUUUACUUUCAUUCACCUAGUGUUUAAUGCUCUGUACCAACAACGCUCUUCUUUUGUGGUAGAUGGAGGGAGGAGCCAAAUUAUGUAAUGGUUUUCUGGAAUAGAAUGUAUUUGCGGAGUGAAUAUGGCAAAAUAAUUUGGUUCUGGGGCAUAAUUUCAGUUGCAUUUGUUUCCUGUGCAUGAAUGAGUUUGGAUGUUAGUCUGUUUACAUGCUACAUUUUUCUCUGACUUGUGGUUUUUUUUGUGAUUUGAAUUUAGACAAUGAUGAGGUGAUUGGAAAUAGAAACAAGAUUAAAGCUGAACAUGCACCAGCUGCAAAGAAUCACAAUCAGGGUAUUGUUCAAAAUAGACACACAAUCCGAGGCCACAGCUGCUCUGGAAACACUAUUAACUCAAGGAAGUCCAAGGAUUCUGCUGAUUGCAAUGUUAAUCUUUCAGAAAAGAAGGAUUCAGGGAUGAGAGUUUCUAGUCAGAGAAGAAAAGUUAAAACUCAAAGACCAGCCUGGCAAGAUCCUUAGACGAUUUGCCGUUCUGAUGAUCAGCAAUUACACACGUAAUGGAUUUUACUGAUUUAGAGAGUUGUUUCCUUUUUCCUUUUUAGAUCUUUCAGAUAUGGAGAUGUGGAGAUAGAUUACACUUUUGUUACAAACUUCUAAUUGUACUCCCACAAGAUAAUUCAAAGAAGCUAUCUUAUGCCAUCCGUAAGUGUUUUUUCCUUCUCUUCCAUCUCCUGAUAUCAUUCACACUGCGGCUAGUAACAUUUUAGGAUCAAGGAAAAAGAUAACAUUAUAUCAGAAAACACAGGAGAAACAGAGAAGGCAGCCAAUGCCAUGUAUUGUAAUUUGUAUGCGCUUUUUUAAGAAAAUAAGUUGUUCAUU